AUGAAAGUUGUAACACCAUUUGAAUUAAAUACAAUAAAGUAUCGAGAUAAAUAUACAUUUGAACAGAUAAAAUCAAGACCAAAUAAUUGGUGGCAUCCAAUAAAUAAUUUCAAUCAACAAAGAGAAUGGCGAAAGUGUCAAAUUUUAAAUCUUCUCGUUCAAUUUGAAAUUCUCAACGUUCAAGUUAAAUCGUCCAGUCGACGUCAACGUCGAAAUAGAUUUCUUCGACUAGCUACGAAUCGAUCUGAUAGUCUGACAGCUAGCUUAUUAAUUCUUGCUGAUCAUGCAUUUAAAAUGUCACGCAAACCUAUCAUAAAAAAUAAAACUACGAUUCAUGUUAAACUAGAAAAAGCAAUCGAUUAUAAUACACAAAUGAUUCGUCGACUCGUGAAAAAUGGAAAUUCAGUUCCAGACAAAAUGUAG